AGAUCCAGGAACUGCUGCAUAAGCCACAUCCUUGCCAACUACAGGUAGCCGGAGUGAGUGUUGUGGAGUCACUGACCAGCUGUGCUUUCUCCUAAACUGCUGAUUUCUGACCUCAAAACUGCAGCGUGGCUCGUCCUCUGCUGGUGGUGCUGUAAGUGUUAAUGCAACUUAAUACCCUCUGAGCAGCCUUAAAGCUGAAGACUGCCUGUAAGAGAGCACUGAGCUACGACUUAACAUGGGACCCUACCUUGUACCUGCACAGCGUGGGACUGGGCAGGAGGGGAAAGGCUUGGCUUGGUGAGUUGGUCUGAAUGGCUGCCUGAAUUCAGCCAACUUUGCUGUGUUUUUCGCCUUUGACUGCCUUGCUGAAGUAGAAAUGGAGACCUGCCACAGAGGCUGGAGCUGUGGGAGAGAGAGAUGCUGCCACGCAGACAUGUCUCCAUGUAAGUCAGCCCCCAAAUUCAGUCACCCUCUGUCCUGUAAGUAGGCUUUAUUUGAGCGGGAUUGUCUGUCUUAUCGAGACCAGAAAUGAAGAUCAGAAAGUAUUUCAGGGGCAGCGGGCGGGUUUUUGCCUUUGUUUUCGUGGCCUCCGUAGUUUGGCUGCUGUUUGACAUGGCAGCGCUCAGGCUGUCGAUCAGCGAGGUGAACACUGAACUUCUCAAGGAGCUGGUCGUCAAAGAAAGAGAGCUGACCAAAAGGCAGGCUACGAAAGGGACCAAAGUAGCGGACAGGGACUUCAAACAUCCCCUCCAAAAGGUACAGGCGGAUUUGGGGGAGGGUAAAAAGUCAGACAGCUUCGACACCAAAGUUGUUGAGGUGUACAGAAAGCCUGGGAAGUUCAGAGGCAAAGUGGAGCCUAAAAAGGACGACGCGACGCCAACUGGGGCGAAAGGAGGAGAGAGAAAGGGGGUUAAUGAGAAUAAGAGAGAAGAGAAGAGUUUAAAAAAGAACAAUAGUGGCAAAGACACAACUGUGAGAACCCCCAUACCGCCACAACAACAAGCCAGAACUGGAACUAAGGAGAAAGAGAGGAGAAUAGCACCGUCAUACUCCAAAGCGCCACCUGCUGUCCAGGAAGAAAAGCGACCCCAAGAGGUUCUGAAAGAGAAAACUAUCAAAUUGCAGAGCAAGGAGACCAAAGACACUAAGGUGGUGCUAGCACAGGACACUAAAGUGGGGCUAGUACAGGACACUAAAGUGGGGCUAGUGCAGGACACUAAAGUGGGGCUAGUGCAGGACAUUAAAAUACCAGUGGAUUCUGGUUUGCUGAAGAAAACCAGCAGCAACAGUACUCUGAAAACAGCAAAACAAGAUGCUCACCCAACAAUCAGUGCGAAAAAGGACGUCAUACCUAUACGGAGACUUAAAGAGGGAAAAGGCGUUAUAGUUUUUAACCGUGAUAACAAGCACAUUAACAAGAAUGACUCAGCUCAAGUCUUGAUAGAAGACAAGCACAAAUCAUCUCUACAAGCUGGUGCUUUGAAUCCGGGAAAGCUCCCGGCUGGAGAACCCGUGAAACUGCUGAACUCCUCAGGUGUGAGGAGGUCAGCUGGGCUCCACAAGGUGAUGGCCCUGGACGUCACCGACAAGCCAAGAGAAGUGCGUGCGGUAGGGCAGUUUGGACAGGCCGCAGUGGUGCCCCUGGACAAGCAGGAUGAGAGCAGGCGCAGGUGGAGCGAAGGCUACUUUAACGUGUUCCUCAGCGAGCAGAUUCCAGUGGACAGAGCCAUUCCAGACACAAGACCUCCAGCAUGCUCCGAGAACCUGGUUCAUGAUGACCUGCCCACAACCAGCGUGAUCUUCUGUUUUGUGGAUGAGGUUUGGUCAACUCUGCUUCGCUCCGUCCACAGCGUGCUCAACAGGUCGCCUCCUCACCUGCUCAAAGAGGUCCUGCUGGUGGAUGACUGCAGCACCAAAGACUACCUGAAGGAAAAGCUGGAUGUUUACAUGUCUCAGUUCCCCAAAGUGCGGAUCAUCCGCUUGAAAGAGAGACAGGGGCUGAUCAGAGCGAGGCUGGCUGGAGCUGCUGAAGCAAAAGGUGAUGUGCUGACUUUCCUGGACUCCCAUGUCGAGUGUAAUGUGGGCUGGCUGGAGCCGUUGUUGGAGAGGGUCUAUAAUGACCGCAGGAAAGUAGUCUGCCCUGUAAUUGACGUCAUCAGCGACAAGGACAUGAGUUAUGUGCUGGUGGACAGUUUCCAAAGAGGCAUUUUCAAAUGGCCGUUAGUGUUCGGCUGGAGCACGCUACCAGAGGACUACGUCAAAAAGAAACACAUGAAGGACUCAGACCCCAUCAGAUGUCCUGUGAUGGCAGGAGGUCUAUUCUCUAUAGAUAAGAAGUAUUUUUAUGAGUUGGGAGCGUAUGACCCAGGCCUGGAUGUGUGGGGAGGGGAGAAUAUGGAGAUCUCAUUCAAGAUCUGGAUGUGUGGUGGUGAGAUUGAGAUAAUCCCGUGCUCUCGUGUCGGCCAUAUCUUCCGCGGCGAGAACCCAUAUCAAUUUCCCAAAGACCGGCAGAAGACAGUGGAGCGGAACCUGGCGCGAGUGGCAGAGGUGUGGCUGGACGAGUAUAAAGAGGUGUUUUAUGGCUAUGGCUACCUACAUCUGCUGGACAAGAACGUGAUAGACGUUGGAAACCUCACAGCACAGAUCCAGCUGCGGGAGAAACUCAAGUGCAAGAGCUUUAAGUGGUACUUGGACAAUGUCUACCCUGAGCUGGAGGCUCCGGUAGUCAAAGCUGAAGGCCUGGUUUUCAAUGUGGGCACCCGCAAGUGUCUGGCACUGAACAACGGCUCUUUAUCUUUUGAGAUCUGUGAUCUUAGCAAGCAGAGCCAGCACUUCAACUACAGCUGGGUAAGAACAGUCCGCCAGAAAGCUUUCUGUGUGGCUCCACAGGGCACAGGAACAGGCGUGACCAUGGAAUCAUGUGACAGCACUAAGCCACACCUUCGCUGGCUGCAUAAAUCCAAUAAAGUCCUGCCAGAGCAUCUGAUUGCAGAGGUUUCCCCCAGAGGUAUGUUCCAGAGGGUGUGUCUGGAGGGAGGGCCUAAAGCCGACAGCGUGUAUCUGAAUGCGUGUGAUACGUCCAGCCUCUUCCAAAAAUGGCAGUUCACACACUACUAUGCACGCUGAGCCUCGCACAGACGUAUUCACCUGCCUCCAUGUGGCUCAGCAGACCAGGUUUUUCAUCUUGCUUUGUCAGGAUGAAAACAUUUAGACGUGUUACACAGUGUUUUAAGUGAUGGAGAGAUGCAUGUGUAGAGUUUAUGUAGUUUCGGUACAAGGGAUGUUUUAAGGGUUUGUGCAAUGUUUUUGUUUGGGGCAGAUGUUUUGAUAUUGUUCUUUUUUUUAGCUGGUCUGGAGUAGUUUUGUGGACAGCUGCUCCACAAAGUCAUGGUUUUGUUUUGUUUUGUUUUAUUUUUUUUUUAGACACUAGACAUCUUUAAACUUUAUUCAUCGAUAGCUGUGUUUGUUUUUGCAAACAAAUAUUUGAAGUGCCUGAAAAAGGAGGUACGGUGUACUGUUUGUAGUAUGCCAGAGAACACUUAAGUGAAAUCAUAGACGAAUGUGGUAAUUCGUCAACAAUGGGGAACAGUGAAGAUUACUGGAUCCAAAGGGACACACUACCACUUCAACUCCAUUCAGCCAGCUUCAGAUGGAAAAAGGACAAUUUAGUAGAGAAGUUGGAUCAUGUUUGCUCUAUUCAGUUAAUUCCUUUUACCGUGUCUGCUCUUAUUUUUGUUCUAUUGCUAGCAGACGCGGGUAGAGUGGCCUGAAAUCCUCAACUACAUGUAUUGUUACUUCAGUAAAUGACUAAAGUACAAAUAAAACUAGCUACCAACCGUUCAGGAACUUUAGUGAAAGGGUAUCAGAUCAGGUACUAGAUUCUGUAUAAUUGUAGAAGCGCUUCUUUGUACAUCCAGCAUCUAUCAGCACACGAACUAAAGUUUGUUGGUUGUUCUUCUUCUCUUUUUUGGUCCUAUUAGUCUCAUUAGAAAGCUAGAGCAGUUUUAAAGCAGUCCAGAAGCCGAACCAACAGAACAGAAUUAAAUUAGCCCUCCAAAAAAAGAAUUGACUAAAUUGGUGAUAUUUCUAAAAUGGAAAAGUUAAUUAAAAUGAAUCAGUGUUAUACAUAUGUACAUAAAACUGGAGCAAGUUACUACUCACCUCUGUUCCCUGGAGCCAGACAGCCCAGGGCUUUGGAAUGUUAAUGACAUGGAAGGAGAUUUGGGAGCUGGAUUUCGGCAAAAACGUCAGUUGGCUACAGGCCUGGAGGAUUGGAUUGAAAACCUCUAAUCUGUAUAAACAAUUUCAAGACCAGAUGAGAAUACCUAACUCCAUAGACAUGCAUUAAAUCUUAUCUGUAAGAAGUAGAAUUCCAGGAAUACCCAUGUGUUUUGAGUACCUCAGUGCAGGUUUCUAAUCCUUCUCUUUUAUGCAUGUGCUUUUACUUUAUGCAACAUGCACUAAAACGUACAUACAGGUACAUCUCACUUAGUGGUUUCUUUUGGUACAAGCAUUGUAUGUUUAGAUAAUUAUGUUGUUUACAGUGAUGCAUCGCUCCAGAUUUGAGAGAUAAUUUACCCUUUGUGGCACUAGAGGGAGCUGUUUACAAUGUUUUUAAGAAAGUUUUUCUGUUGUUUUUGUGUUUUCCUUUGGGGGGUUGUUGUGGAGGCUGUUAGAGGUGUUUUGAACAAAUUAAAUUUGAUUUUAUUAAAGAUUUAACUAUUUCUUUAAAAUGUUAUCUGUGCUGUAUAAUGAACAAUUUUAGGUGUUGUGUCCGUUUUUUCCAUGAAGACAAAGAAAAGCUUAACACAGGUAUGUAUUAUCAUGCAAGGGCAAGCACAAAGAAUUUAUUAUUUACUAUUAACCAUUUUUGUCCAAUUUUUAGACUAUAGUAAACAAAAAAACUCUAUCCAUACUG